AUGGAGAAGACCUUCACCAUGGUUGGAUGCAAGGAGGAGUGUAAGAUCCGGUGUGCUGCCUAUAUGUUGAAAGGUGAGGUGGACGACUGGUGGAGGUCUACGAAGCCUAACUUGCUAGUGGCUCACCCUAAUCUCACGUGGGAACAGUUCAAGGAUGCAUUUUUUGAGAAUUACUUUUCGGAGAGCUUUCGAGAGAGAAAGGCAACAGAGUUCACCAAAGUUUCACAAGGGGCCAAGUCAGUUCUCGAAUACCAACAAAACUUCAAGGAGUUGUUUCACUUUGCACCCCCUCACCUGAAGACAGAUAUUGAGAAGGGAAAGAGGUUCGAGAAGGCCCUAAGGCUGGGUAUUAGCUCGAUUCUGUCAUCCCAUGGGCCCCAGAACUAUGCCAAGAUGGGUCAAAUAGCCAAGACUAUUGAAGACAGGCAAAGGGGUUUAUACUAUGCUCAGUCUGGACAGACUAAGAGAGUGGCUACAACAUCAUUUAGCCACGAACCAAGCAAGUUUCCACGGUCACAGUAUGCGGGUUAUAACCCCACCCCCUUCAGGCGUACGGAAGCAACACAACCCGCACAACCUGCUCAGUCGGCAGCUUCAUCCUUACCUACUAGUGGUCCGGUGUGGUGCUACAACUGUAACAGGCAUGGACACAUCUCUAGGGUUUGCCCUCAACCCAGGCCUGGGGCACCAUGA